AUGAUUAAACUUCUUCCACAACAAUUCAAAGUCUUUCGCAAAGUUCAUAAGGGCUUAAUCCGCAAAUACGAAGGGCCAUUUGAGAUCAUUGGACGUGAUGGGGAGGUUGCUUACAAAAGAAGGUUAUGUGAGUGGGAGACUACCACAGCCCUCACAUCUAAACAUAGGCGGGAGAUUGCCACGGUCCCUACGCCGAUGCCGUACCUCGACAAACAGGAUUUACCACCGUCCUUGCCUGAGGCGCAUAGCGACUUUCCAAACCAAUUUCUGAAUUUUUUUGGCAGUCAGGUGUGUCAAAAAAUCGGAUUAGGUGAGGUUGCAGUUAUGAAAAAUAUUGCAAAUUUGCGAGUAUAUUAUAACGAGUUGCAAAAUGGACUUUGUAAUAACAUUCAAAGCCACAUUUCGAAAAGGGUGAGUAACAUUUUAUACAGGAAUCCUGUACAAGUAUUUGGUGGGUUGAUACAGUUUCAAAUGAUGCCCAUCACUGACGAUGCCAGUAUGCAGCAUAUGUUAUGUAUUUAUCAACAAACCCGAUUUCAUGUGCCGAUGAUAGAGUUGUACGUUGAGUUCGAACAGCAGUCAGAGUUGGGCGCGGUCGGGGAGGAGGUCAAUGUUGAUGAGCUCGAGGAUAUAGAUUGGGAAGAAGAUAAUAAUGACAGUGAAGAGGAAUUCGAAGCAAACUAUGAAGUCGAUGACGAAAAUGAUGACGGAGACUUGGCAAGUGAAGGCAACGCUGCGGCGGAAGAUGGCGAGUUUAGGGUCGAAAUGAAAUUUGGUUCGAGAGAGUCAGUGAUAUCUGCAAUCAAAAGCUACACCAUCUCUAGAAGAGUUGAUUACACUGUGUAUGAGUCUGAGCCACAGACAUUCUAUGCGAAAUGCAAGGGGUAUGGUGCAGGGUGCGACUGGCUUAUCCGAGCUAGCUUGAUUCGAAAAAAAGUUUGUUGGGAGAUCAGGAUAUACAAUGGCAAGCACACGUGCACCGUGGGCAUGAUUUCACAAGAUCAUGCCAAGUUGGACUCGAACACAAUUGCAGAUGCCAUUAGGCCGUUGGUCGAAGCAGACCCCUCGAUAAAGGUGAAGUCUGUUAUUGCAGAAGUCCAAGGCAGGUUCAACUACGCUGUGAGUUACCGGAAGGCUUGGUUGGCAAAGCAGAAAGCUGUCGCAAAAGUUUUCGGUGAUUGGGAAGUUUCUUACCAGACUCUUCCAGUAUGGUUGAAAGCAAUGACAGUGAAGAUGCCAAGGUCUCGUGUUCAAAUUAAAACACUCCCCGUUUACCGUGAGAGUGAGGAGAUUCAGGGUGUAAGAGUUCUGCACCGCGUUUUUUGGAGCUUCUAUCCGUGUAUUGUAGCAUUCAGACACUGCAAGCCACUAGUGCAGGUUGAUGGCACGCACCUGUACUGA